AUGACAAAACUAUUCCAAAGAUUUCAAUUCCCACGCAAGCAACAACAAAAACAACACCAGCAAGUUCGAAAAAGCCUGGGUUCUUCCAGCAGUGUCUCCUCCAGCUAUUCCACCAGCAUCCGAAUGAAGUCCGUACGACCAGCAUCCAUCUAUCUUCAAAACCAAUCCUCUGGUCGUACUGGAGUGAACAAAUAUACAUGUUCCCCAAGAUUGUCAUUGUACCUCCAAGAAAUGCAAGAUGGUCCACAGCAGUUGUUAUGGAAUCAAGAAAGAGCAGCAGGUCAUGAAUCGAGACCAUCAUCAUCUUUGCUCGCAGGAGCACAAUCGAGAAGGAGACAACUACAUGAUUCCUCCUCCCGAUCCUUGAUGGAAGAUCUCCACACUCGAACGAACCAAACCAGAUUGGCCGACUCUGGUACCAGACAACAAGCUCCAUACGAAAAGGAUGAUGCAUCUUUCAGUUCUUUGUCCACGGUUGGACUCUGUGAAGAACGCAGCAAUAAGGAGGGCGAGGAUGCUGCUGCUGGACCAUCAUCAUCAUCAUCAUCAUUACGAUUGAGAUUUGAAAUGAGCGACUACCUCAAUGACAAUGAGUUCAGCAUGUCCAUGUUUUAA